CCAGAGUCGCCACCCAUUCACUCUAUUCUGAUUAUUCGCCAACUGCUUUGCGCUUGACAGCCCCUAGCCAACCAUACGUCACGGCGCACAGGCCACUCAGAAACAGUCUCCGCGCUCCACGCACGACUUCCUCCAAGACCGUCGAACUUCAACCUCACCAAACUACACACCACACACAUAUCCAUCAUGGCCGAAUUCGUAAGAGCUCAGAUCUUCGGUACUACGUUUGAGAUCACCUCACGAUACACUGAUCUACAGCCAGUUGGGAUGGGAGCGUUUGGUCUCGUAUGCUCGGCCAAGGACCAGUUGACAAGCCAGGCUGUUGCUGUCAAGAAGAUCAUGAAGCCCUUCAGUACUCCGGUGCUCUCCAAGCGUACCUACCGUGAGCUGAAGCUGUUGAAGCAUUUGAGGCAUGAGAACGUCAUCAGUCUCAGCGACAUCUUCAUCUCCCCCCUCGAGGAUAUCUAUUUCGUCACCGAGCUUUUGGGCACCGAUCUCCACCGCCUCCUGACCUCGAGACCGCUCGAGAAGCAGUUCAUCCAAUACUUCCUCUACCAAAUCCUGCGAGGAUUGAAAUACGUCCACUCGGCUGGUGUCGUCCACCGCGAUUUGAAGCCUAGCAACAUCCUGGUCAACGAGAACUGCGAUUUGAAGAUUUGCGACUUCGGUCUGGCCCGUAUCCAAGACCCUCAAAUGACCGGUUACGUCUCGACAAGAUAUUACAGAGCCCCCGAGAUCAUGCUCACCUGGCAAAAGUACGAUGUUGAGGUCGAUAUCUGGAGUGUUGGCUGUAUCUUUGCCGAGAUGCUCGAGGGCAAGCCUUUGUUCCCUGGCAAGGACCACGUCAACCAGUUCUCCAUCAUCACUGAAUUGCUUGGCACUCCUCCGGAUGAUGUUAUUCAGACCAUCUGCAGCGAGAACACCCUUAGAUUCGUCCAAUCUCUGCCCAAGCGCGAGCGCCAACCUCUGAGCAAGAAGUUCAAGAACGCCGACCCUCAAGCCAUUGAACUGCUCGAACGCAUGCUUGUCUUCGACCCUCGUACCCGUGUCAAGGCCGCCGACGCGCUGGCCGAUCCUUACCUCGCCCCUUACCACGACCCUACCGAUGAGCCUGGAGCUGAGGAGAAGUUUGACUGGUCGUUCAACGACGCCGACCUGCCUGUUGACACCUGGAAGAUCAUGAUGUACUCUGAAAUCUUGGACUACCACAACGUGGACUCACAAAACGAGGAAGAGGUCGCCGCGGUGACUUCAUAGGAAAGAGGCAGACGCCCGUGAUCCGGCAUUCUGCAAUGAUACAGAAAGAGCAGGCGCAUACAGCACAAACCCCGAGGACACGCAAGCUUGGGCCGCAACGAUGGAAAUGGUUUAUUGUUUUGAUUUGAGAGCACCGGCAUUACCCUUCAACUUAUGGAUUAUACAAGACGAAAGCGCAAUGUUUCAUUCACACUGGCUCACUCAAGCUCCAGCUAUUAGCUAUACAUCUGGACUGCAGUGAUGAGACUAGGGUGGAUGCACAUGCACAAGGCGGCGCGUUAGCAUGGGGGACAUGAAGAAGCAUGGCUGGAGGAGCUAGGAGUCACCAUAGAAAGAAUGAGGUAACACAGAGGAGCAUCCAUCAGCGUAAUCGAAAACAGACAUCAUGUUGAAAA